AUGGAUAAUAGUAGUGAUAGAUUUUUAACUAUAUGGAGAUCCAUAGUUAUUAGGAAUGUAAUACAAAAGCAUUUAGAAUUGUUUAAAUUAAAUAGGAACAGGGUUUUAGUUUUUUCAAGAGAAAGGUUUUUGGAGUCGGAAAAUCGAGAUUAUUUUUCAAACUUAUUUAUAAAUAUCAACAGUGAAGAUGGAGAAGAAAUUAUCCCUGGAGAUUUACCAUAUGGUUGUCGAAUUUUAGUUUUUGGUGAAAGAUUUAAACAGGAAUUAAAGCCAGAUACUAUUCCACCUUUUGUGCAAAAUCUUACAUUGGGUUUUCAUUUUAAUCAAUCUCUAACUAAUAAAAUUAUUCCAGAGAGUGUAAAGAUAUUAAAGUUGGGAUAUAAAUUUAAUAAAGUUAUAGGUGUAUCAGAUAUUCCAUUAUCAUUAGAAGUUAUUAUGUUUAGUGAAGAAUUUAACCAGCCUAUAGCAGUUGGUGUUUUAAAUAAUUGUGUAAAGUUACAUACGAUCAAAUUUGGUGAAAGCUUUAAUCAAGUAAUAAAAGCAGGGGUACUACCACCAAAUUUAACAAGUCUAACUUUUGGUAAGCAUUUUAACCAACCUCUUGCUAUUGGAGUCUUGCCAUUAAAUCUUGGUGUCUUGAAAUUUGGUGACGAGUUCGAUCAACCACUUAAAUCAUCCAUUAUUCCACCAUUUGUACAUACUCUAUCACUUGGUAAUUCCUUUGAUCAGGUUUUAAAAGAAGGUUAUUUGCCUCAAGGACUUAAGGUAUUAAUAUUUGGAUGUGUAUUUAACCAUCCAAUAAAGAGUGGUGUAAUUCCAGAGGGUUGUCAAUCUUUAACCUUUGGGUUUGGCUUUAAUCAAACCAUUAAACCAGGGGUUCUACCAUCAAAUAUUCAAACACUCACCUUUGGUUGGUCUUAUAACCAGCCAAUAAAGAAAGGUUUGGUUCCAACGAGUUGUCAAGAAUUAACAUUUGGUUCAGAAUUUAACCAACCUAUAAAAAAAGAUCAAAUCCCAGAAAAAGUGCACACUAUCAAUUUUCCAAAAAGUUAUAGUCAUGGUAUUAAUGAUAUUUUUCCAAAGAGCGUAAAAAAGUUAACAUUUGGUAAAGAAGUAUUUAUAAUAGAUUAA